AAUAACAAGAACUAAGCAAAGUAAGCUUUGUUACUUGUUUCUCAAGGUGUUCUUGUCUGAAGAGGACCAAAGAGAGAGGCAUAUUAAGCAUUUAGAUUGUGAUAAUGGGAGGCAACAAGCAAAAGAAAGGCUUCUCUGUAUUCAACAUGCUCAAAUUCAGGAAGUCUAAACCAUCUCGUGAUGAGUAUGCACGGGAGGAGAACACAGGAAGUGGAAGAAGGGUGUGGCCUAGUGAUGAAGACAAAGGUUCUUGGGUCGCUGAGCCUGGUAUUGACAGGAAAGCUCAAGAUUUUAUCGCAAAGUUCCACGCAAUCCGCUACUCCGAAUCUGAACUCCAUGCUGUUUAUCAACCUGGAGUUGCAACAGGGAAAGCUUGAACAUCAUAUCAUGAAUAGCUAGUUUCAUUUACUUAUCAAGUUCUUGUAUGUCUUUGUUUUUUAUUUCUUAACUCUUGUAAUCAUGUUCAUAGCCUGUGAAUCGCAAUAAUGAAUGCCAGAAAAAAAUAUUUCUUCCCA